AUGUCAAAGAAUGAACAACAACAGAACGAGAACGUAGACAAACAACGACGACACCAAGACGAAUCCUCCUCCUGGAAUCAUGAUACCGUGUGGCAUCCUCGAACAGAUUUGACCAAGGACCAAGUUUCCGAGCUCCAAACUAAGUUGGACUUUGUAAAAGAAGGAAUUGUCAAGGUGAACAUGAUGAUUCUGACCUGUUCCGUCCUCUGGCAAUCCUGCACCUGGAACAGUCAUCCAGAGUCCAAGGAUGCCAUGUUGGAAUGCGCCGAAAUCCAUUUCUUGGAAGUGACCAACGUCUUUCUUGAUUAUCUGAAAAUUGCCUAUUAUCCUCCAUGCAUUAGGACUACUGAUUCGCCAUUGGAUGAUUCUAUAUUUGACGAGGAGCCGCCCAAGUGUGAAACAUGGAUACUGUAA